CCACUGGUCAACAGCCCCUUCUACAUCGACUACGGCAUCAAUGUGCACGUUGCUCCGUCUGCCUUCGUGCACCGCAACGUCUACUUCGGAGACAGUCCGCAUCCGGACUGUCCGAUUGUGGUGAACGAGGGUGUCUUCAUUGGGCCGAACUGUCAGAUACUGACCAUUGCACACGACAUGGAUUGGAGGCACAGGCAUGGACCGUUUGGGCCAUGCUGGACUGCUCCAGUCGUGAUUGGCGAAGAUUGCCAUGUUGGCGCAGGGUGUACAAUCAUGCCCGGUGUGACUAUAGGAUACUGCGCUGUUGUCGAGGCCGGCUCCAUAGUCACCAACGAUAUCCCGCUAUAUCAUGUCGCGGAAGGAAACCUUGCCCGUAUGGUCAAGAAGGUGGCAGCUGAUACGGCUACUGCCCCGGAUUUGCUGUAUAAGCGUCGUGGCAUGGAAGUAAUGGUCGUACAACCUGGCAACAGAGCGGCUGAGAUGAGUGCUGCGCUCAUUAACAGCGCUCCACAAGAGCCCAUCCCAAGCCCUCCAUGA